AUGUCGCUGCAGCGGUCCAUAAGCUCGCUUCAGGGCAUGUGGGACGCCGGUUCCGAGGACCGCGUCAUCUGCUGGGCAGGAGGUUCCGAUGUACAGGCCCAGUCCGGGACGUUGCUGGGAUUGGUGCUAGCCUUCGCCAACGUCUUCUUCAAUGCCUCCAGCUUCGUGCUGAAGAAGUACGCGCUGCGCAGGCUCCAUCUCAGUUUCGUGGUGUACGCCCUGCUGGUCGGCGUGGUUCUGGUGCUCGCUGCUGGGCUGGUGUCGCAGGGCGGUGGCCGUCGCUGUAUCCUGCUCAACAUCUGCGUGAGCGCGUGGGCCUCGGUGCCGUACACGAUCGCCGUCAAGGCCAUCGUCAUGACCGUCUCAGAGGUCGGGCGGCUCGUGUCCCUGCGCACGGCCGCCUGGUUCGUCGUGGUGCUCGUCUCCUUCCUCGCACACGUCAUCUUCCUCAACAAAAGCCUGGAGCACUUCGACCCGGUGCGCAUCUCGCAGCUGUCAUCCUGUCUGCUGCAGCUGAGCAUGACGGCCACCAUGAUGCUGCUGUCCCGGUCCUGGCAGGAGGCCACGCCGUACCACGCGCUGCUCUUGCUCCUCGCCGUCGGAGACGUGGCCUUUGCGCUCCUCGGAUUCGUGCUCUUUCAGGAGGACCAGCAGCGCUCGGACGCCGCGGUCCGUGUCGCUCUGCGGCUGCUCUUCACCUCCAACCGGCUCGGGAGGACACCUCGGCCCAAGGACGAACUGGGCUCCCGCCCGGUCCGCAAGAGGCGCAGGAGCCAAUGA